AUCUCAUAUAUCGAUAUUUGCCUUUAUUUAUAUAACAAUGAAGCACUAUCGUUUUGCGCGCUUAAAUAUGACUUCUUUUUUAAGAUGAUGUAUAAAUCGAAGGCAAAUAUUCAAGAUUUAUCCGCGAAGAUUUUUAAGUGAAUAAAAAAGAAAAAAGCCUAUUAUAAAUUAUUGUAACAUUAAUAAUCAUUAAUAUAUAAUAUUUAUAUAAUAUAUAUAUAAAACUAUAUAACCUUACCAACAGUUCACUUUAAAACCAAAUUGAAUUAACGUUCAAAUUUUUGUUGAAAUCAUGGCUGCCAGUUAAAUGUGCGGCAAUUUUCGUUCACGUUAUUAUACCGGCAUUUCAAUAUCUUUAAAAACGUUAAUAUUGUGUUAAAAUUAUAUGUGGUGUUAUUUAAAAUUAAGUUUUAGUUUAUAAAUUGAUUUAUAUAAAUUGCCAAGAUGUCAGAAGAAGAAACAAGUACAGAAGAUAUCUGGACACCAUAUAAGGAGUUACAAAAUCUUGUAGUACGAUGCAUCACAUUAGCACCUAGUAUGCAUGACCCUCAAUACCAUGAAUUUAUAGAAGCAUUGAGAAAUCAUAGACAAAAUUUUUUUACACUUUUAAAAAAUCCUCCAAAAAAUAUUAAUAGUCGCAAUGAAAUUAAGAAAGGUGUGACAGAUGGUAUAACAUUACCUGGGCUAGGACAUCAAGUAUUGUCCAAGGAGUUGGUAGAUGAAACUUUAAUCAUAUCAGAUAUGUAUGAUUUAAAUGAAUUCAUGGCUCUAGAUCUUUUAUGUACUGCCCAACUUCAAAUGCCACACUAUCCUGGUCUAACCAGAGGUUUAACUGCUGUACUUUUGUAUUAUGAUGGAAGAAAAGCAUUAACUACAACUUUGAAGACCUUAGUGCAAGCCAGAAUGGGACAUAGCUGGGCUCUUGAUGCACCAUUAACUCUAACGAAAUACAUUACUGAAUAUACUAAUAAAUUACAAGAAGAUGGUUUAUUGGAUAGGAUUAUAACUUUAUUAGAAGACAUGGAUCCUAUACAGGAACAAGAUCUUCUACAACAAAAUAGAGCAUUGGGAGGAGCAAAGCAUCAUCGUAUGGUUAUGAAACUUUAUAAUGAUACUAGACAAGAUUUAGCAGAUAUUUUGUAUUUAUGGUCUGCUCAAUCAUCUCUACCAAAAUCUAUUUUCUUUCGUUUAUUGUCGUUAUUACAAACACGCCAAGUUGAAUCUGAAGCUGGAGAAGGUGGUCCUGAUAAAGUUACAUUGGCUCUCAUUAUGGCCAUACUAUAUGCUGUAAAUCUUAGUCCACUUAAUAAUCGAGAAAAUGGUGAAGAUAUAAUUAAUUCUAUUCCCUUGAUCACAGAGAGAGGAGCAUUAGAUGAUAUAAAACAAAAAAUAAUGUCUAAUAAUAUAACUUGGGAAAGUACAGGAUUGCGUGGACUUGUACAAUUUGCUUUAGCAGUUGCCAUAGCAACUUUGAAAACUAUCAGUAACACUUAUCAACCACAGCAUAUUACAAAUGACGAUGAAAUUUUAGUGGAAACAGCUUUAUCUAAUAAGGUGUUCCACUUUAUGGCCGAAAUUUUAUUAAAAAGUACUUGUAUACACUAUGAGGAAUUUUAUAUGCGUUAUUUUCACACUCUUCUCUCUGAUUUUAUAUUAUUAAUGCCUCUGAAAAUUAAGGAAUUAAGAAGUCGAGCAGAUGAAUCAAUGCGUUUGGUACAAGCGUAUCAACAAGAAGGUGUAGAACCACCAAUGAAUUUAGACAAUCAUUUUGAGUUUCUUAUGUUGACAGUAGCGGAGUUAUACAAAAAAGAUCCGUUAAAGUUAAACUUAGCUAUGGAUUAUUGGUGCCAACAUUCAGAAUCUACGCACGUUUCUGCUUCUGUACAUAUUGGACGGUUACCUCCUAGACAAGUUGCUUUAUUUAAAUUUAUACGAUUAGCUGGAGAAAUACUUCCUGCUGGUCUUUUUGUAUCCUACCUCAAAAUGAUCGCAUCUCUUGCUUCGUCACCUCCAGCUGCGCGCCAAGCAUUUAAUUUUCUCAAACCAAAUGGAUCUUCUACUUCAACAACAAUUUCUUGGGAUCAUUUCUUUAAUUCUUUAAAUCGCUAUUAUUAUAACUUACGACAAGAAUUACCACCAAGUCAAGAUACAGUAUAUAGACAAAGAAGUCACCCAAAAGGUAUUACACCCCACGAAGUUAAAGGAUUAGAAGCUGUACUUAAAGUCGUACAAAUAAUUGCAAAAUAUGAUGAGAUGUCGAGAGUAGCAAUAUGCGAUCAUCCAAAUUGGAAAGUACUUCAGUCUCUAAUAGGGUUGGUAAGCUGUGCAAUGCCAAUUCCAUUAAAAGGCGUUUUAGUAAGAACUCUUGCUGCAUUAGCAAGAUCACCAGAGAGUUCUUCUACAGUUUGGCAAAGUUUAGAAGCAGCACAAAUUCUUUCUACUAUACCAACAACUAGUAGCUAUCAACCACGAGGAGUACAAACAGAAUUGGAAGAAAUUGAAUCAAGGAACGAAGAAUAUCCCUUGACUCGAGCAAUGUUAAAACUCUUAGAUAUCUUAACGGAUUAUCCAAUUCCACGUCUUUUGGGAGUUGGGCAACGAAAUCCAGGCUUCGAUUCAUAUCUACAUUUUCUAAUUAAUAUCGUUUUUUUAAGAUUUCAUACACGCUCGUAUAAAAAUGCUGCAGAGAAAUGGAAAGUUGCGAAUGGAUGUUUGAAAAUAUUCUCUAAAUUAAUCAAACAAUACGAGCCAUCUUUAGAAGAUUUUAUGGGAUGUAAAGUUGAAUUACAAGGUGGUGAUUUGACUGUAAUUAAUUCCGCUCCUGGAUACCAUUUAAUGACGCAAUUACAUUCUACUAAUUCCGAGUUACUUCAUGUCAUACUCUAUAUACUGGAUGAAGGAUAUCACCAGUUUGAUACAUACGAUAUUUUUCCCGGAAAAAAAUAUCUUGAAUGUAGUACAUUAUGUUGUUUGGAAAUAUUGGAUCGGACUUUGAAAACACAACAUCAAUACAUGACACAGUUAGCAUCAGCAACCAGUAUAAAUAAAAUCGUAACUGGUCUUUCGCGUUUAUUGCUAGGAGUAAAUAUGCGUACUGGGAAGCCUGAUCACAUGAUAAAUAUUGUUAAUUAUGUCUCUUAUAAUUCAUGGCUGCCACGACAUUCAUUUGUCGCUGUUGGCGUUGUUCAAAGUGUUGCCAAUGAACCAGGUGCAGAUUUAGAAUUGUUAUCAACAUUUACAGCAACUAAUUCGUUGGCAACGAAUAUUAGGCACGGUUUUGUUGAGUGUUUAGAUAUGGAUUAUACUCCUGUAGAUGAAGAUGACAUAAACAAUGAUGAAAGAGCGGAUGUGGAAAAUUGCAAAGAAAGAAUUUUAUUAUUAAUGAUGCAGAGUAUUACACGACCUGUACCUAAUCUUGCUCAUUAUUUGCUAGGAUUUGAGAUUACUAAGGAUAUUCGAAAAACAAUUAUUCAGCAACCUGGAAUUUUAGGCUUUCCACGAACUUGCUUGCAUUCUGUUUUGGGUGUCUUAGAACAAUCCUUGGAUAAUGGUCGUGAUAAAAUUACUGAAAUGUGUUAUUGUUAUUUACAUACAUUAGCGGCGAAUAAUAAGACAUCAGUACCAAUUUUAAGAUUUUUACGAACUGCAACAAAUCAAGAUUUUGUGCAAAGACACCUAUCAAAAUUACCUUUCCAAGGUUCAAAUAAAGCAAUCGAACUUGGCUGUAUGUCGUGGCUAUUAAAAAUAGUAGCGAUAGAACUACGAGUCUCUGGUGGAAGCUUACAAAGUUCGCUUGUACAACGCUUAGUUGGAAGCUUUAGUCAAGAAAAAGACCAAAGUGCACCAUCACAGAAACUUCUUAUGGAUCUUCUACAUUAUAUCGAUUUUCAACUAUACUUAGAACCUCCUAAGUCAUGGGAAUUCUUUGAUCCUUCGCAAAUUGAAAUGGUAUUUGGUCGUUGUAGUGUUCCCUCGUCUUUAAUGGGAGGACCUCGACUUAUCGACGUCAGAAAAUUACAUUCCCUUAUUGUAGAUGAAUUAACGGUUACACAAAAUAGUGCAACAGUAACUCAAAGGAAACUUAUGCAACAAGAAUUGCAAUCGAUACUUGCUCAUGCCUUGAAAAAAAAUCAAACCAAGCUUUUAUCAUACGCUACGGUAAAAUUUGUAGAGGGCUGGUGUCAAACAACAGAAAUACUAUUUUCCGUAGCGUCAAAUUUACAACUUCCUGCGGCUCAAAGACAAAGUCUUCUUCUGAACUUAUCACAUGAUUUGUUGCAAAAAAUGACAUCGUGCGAAGCACUCAGUGAGAUAAAAACACUUGUGUCUGGAACAGUUUUGAUAUUACUUGUCAACUUGCGAAAUUAUUUUGCGAUGCAAUCGAACCAAGAAUUACUUCCAACAUCUCCUUCCAAUACGACAAUGAUGAAAAUAAUUCUUAGCCAUGUACUAGAAUGGAUUUUAAGCGCAAGUGCAUCAUCGCAAAAAGUUCUAACUCAUCUUUACGCAGCACUUCUAAACUUUCUUUGUGUGAUAGGCUUAGAAAAAUCAGAAAGUGCAUCCGUUAUGGAUACGACGUAUGUUAGUCAACUAGACAGUUCAUUCAAUCGAUCUAUGCCAGUUCAAAAACGUUCACAUUGUUAUGCCACGAUACAAGUUAUCAAUAGCUUUGGUAAUCAAUUAAUGGACGUUUUAUGUCAUAAUUGUUCUGGUGGUCAUGAUGUAUGUAAAAUGUUAGCACUUUCUUGUCUAGACAAGAUCUUAGAAUUGGAUUACGAUAAUUCGUGGAUGAUUUAUUUAGCUAGUCGAGGAUAUUUGAAGCAUAUGAUAGACAGUCUUUUACAAUCUGAUAAUUUACUAAGACAUAUGCUUCAACCAGAGCCUGAAACAUUAAGACCUUUAUAUUUGUAUGAAGCAAAAUUAGCAACAUUUUGUAGAAUGGCCUCGACAAGAUUAGGUGCUGAAAGUCUUCUAAAAACUAAAGUUUUAUCCUGUAUGUCAAGUAUGUGUGUUUUUGAUCAACAUCCAGAUGUUCAUAUGAAUGUUGAAGGAAUUGAUUCUUCUUUUGUACCCUCAAUCGGCCAACGUUAUCAACAAAUUUUUUUGCCUACUUUAUACUUAUGUGGUGCUUUGUUGACUACUUUAGGAACUGAAAAUCAGUCUUGUGCUAUACAAGUUUGUAGCUUUCUCCAAAGUCAUCGAGAUACAGUAGAAAUGAUAUUAAGGAAUGCUUUUUCAAAGGCAAAUACUCUAUUUUUGAAAGAAAUUGCCUGUCUAACUGGUGUCGUAUCCAGAUCUGCUAAUAUUGAUAUGUAUAAAUUAGUGGACGAGGGAGUAAUAAUAUCCGAUGUUGGUGAUAAUAUAAUAGAGGAUGAUAAUGGAAUGAGAGAAUUACGUGCUCAUCUUUAUAGAUUACAAAAAUUAAUGCUUUCGUUACUUCACAAAUUCCAAUUACAACCAACACCUAUACAUUUAGAUUAUCAAAAAACAAAUGUAGAUCAACAACAAAUGUCUUGUAUAGAAAUAGUUGCGAAUGUUCUUUUGUAUGCUCGUAAUCAGAUGCAGCAUAGUACCAUGGACCAAAAAGUAAGGAAUGUUCUUUUCGAACCUUAUUUAACGCCGAAACCAGGCACUAGAGAAGGAAGAACUAAAGAUAUAUCUGGUGAAGUUCAUUUAGGAUUGAUCGUUGAACAACUUACGUCUACAACUGCAUUACUACAUAAUGAACUGCCACAUGUCGAUUCUCUGAUCAAAAAAUCAGCUAUGAUAUCGGACAUGACUGCGGCAGAAUUAAAAAAAUAUAUGUCUGAUGAAGAAGCAGAAUUAGACAUAGAUAAACAACGCAUUGUCCUAGAGCAACGAUUAAAUCAACGACUGAAGGAAAAACGUCAAAGUAUAAAAUAUUGUUGUCUCAUAAUAGAACACAGUUUAUAUCUACUUUGGAGUCAUUUGGAUUUCUACACAAUGCAAAUAAUGUCAGGACAUCAGAGAAUGCUAGUAUCCACAGGAAACAUAAUUGAUAAUAUAUUGGAAAAAAAGAUAUCACCAGAAAUUUUAACCGAAUUAAAACAAGGACUUAUAUCUGUAUUUACUGAUAGUUUCAUUACUCAAUUAAUCGAUACACAUAACGAAUAUACAACAGUAGAUCGUAAUUUUAUAGAGGCUCUCGUUAGGAGGAUCAAAAGAUUAUUACAAUUCAUAAUUAUAACGUAACUCUAUUUAUAGAAUAUGUGUAUAUUAUUUCUAUUUUAAAUACGCAUCUCUUUCUAUACUGUUUCAACCUUUGUACUUUUUAUUAAUA